CCUCCUGCUCCAAGAGGUUAUAAACUUCACACGAAGGAAGAUGCCCGCUUAGUUCUCUGAAGGGACAAGCUAAGUACGGUGCCAGGAAGACUCUGGGUGCACAGACUGUGUCCAGCAAGUGGCUGUGAGCUUUUGGGCUGCGUGGAUCUCCUCACUGCUUGGGAACAAAAACUGUGAGGAAGGAUGGAGACAAAACCUAAAACAGAAGAGAAAAAGUAUCUCACAGGCUCCUUGGUUUUUGCUGUCUUCACUGCAGUCCUGGGCUUCUUCCAGUAUGGGUACUGCAUUGGUGUUAUCAAUGCUCCCCAAAAGAUCAUAGAGCACCACUAUGCUGAAGUGCUGGAGCUUGUAGAUAAAGAACCAUCUACACACCAUGCAACCAAGCCUCCUCCUACAGACAUUGGGAAACAUCCUACAAUUACUAUGUUGUGGUCCAUGUCAGUGGCUAUGUUUGCCGUUGGUGGAAUGAUUUCCUCCUUCACCGUUGGCUGGAUUGGAGACAAAAUGGGAAGAGUUAGGGCCCUCCAACUGCUGAACAUCCUUGCGAUCACUGGAAAUGUCUUUUUGGGUGUGUCAAAGAUGAGCCCCCACACACACAUCCUUAUUAUUAUAGGACGAUUCAUCACAGGACUGUAUUGCGGGAUCAUGUCCGGGAUCGUUCCACUCUACGUUGGGGAGAUAGCACCUACCCCACUCCGAGGGGCACUGGGGACAUUUCACCAGCUUGCCACAGUCAUCGGUAUUCUCAUCAGCCAGGUCCUUGGCCUAAACUACCUUCUGGGGGAUAAAUAUAAGUGGCCGCUGCUUCUAAGCCUGUCUGGCUUUGCUGCUGUGCUCCAGCUUCUCUUGCUGUUUUUUUGCCCGGAGAGCCCGAGGUACCUGUACAUCAAAGUAUCGAAGCCAGAGGAAGCAACAAAAAGCUUGAUGUGGCUGAGAGGAAACUAUGAUCCUACCAAAGAUCUGGAGGAAAUGGAGAGAGAGAAAGAGGAAGCCUCCAAAGAGAAGACUAUUUCCAUCUGGCAGCUCAUCACUUCCGUCACCUAUAGGCAGCCGUUCUUAGUGGCAAUAAUGGUGCACCUCGCCCAGCAGUUUUCAGGGAUCAAUGCCAUUUUCUACUACUCUACAGACAUUUUCACUGAAGCUGGAAUCGAAGAACCCGUUUAUGCAACCAUUGGUGUGGGUGCUAUAAACACAUUGUUCACUGUUGUAGCUCUCUUUCUGGUAGAGAAAGCAGGAAGACGUAUCCUGUUUCUUGGUGGAAUGUUUGGCAUGUUCGUGUGUACAAUACUAAUGACAGUUGGACUCGCACUUCUGGAUAGAUAUGUUUGGAUGAGCUACUUGAGCAUGGUGGCGAUCUUUGUCUUUGUCAGCGUCUUUGAACUUGGGCCUGGACCAAUCCCCUGGUUUAUUGUUGCUGAGCUGUUCAGUCAAGGCCCUCGACCAGCCGCGGUCGCAUUGGCUGGCUUUGCCAACUGGUUCUCCAACUUCCUGGUCGGGAUGUGCUUCCAAUAUAUAGCUAAGUUCACUGGGCCAUAUGCGUUUCUUAUCUUUGCUGCUAUGCUUGCUGGCUUCAGUUGUUUCAUAUACUUCAAAGUGCCGGAAACGAAAGGGAAAUCCUUUGAAGAAAUUGCAGAAGAGUUCCGUCGCAGGAAGAAAGAAUCCGGAAGAGGCCCCAAAGCUGCCACAGAGCUGGAGCAUUUGGGAAACAACCCCAACGCCUAGAGACCAGGCUGACCUGGGAAAAUACAUAUAGCAUCCAUACUUCUGGGCAAAGUUUUGGGGAAAGCAUUUUUCAAAAAUGUAAAAAUAUGGAAAUUGA